AUCCCUGUUGGCGAGAGGCCACAUUUCCGUCACGUGACCCGCGCAUGCGCCUGCUUGCGGGAGCGCUGGCGUCGGUUGAUCCGAACACCUGCUGAGUUCGGAAGUUCGCUUUCUCUGCCCCGGCUCGGGGCGGUCCGCUGGGAGGUGGCGCCCGGAGGGACAGCCGUGCCUCGGGGCGGGGCCGGUGCUCGUCUCGGAGCUCCAGAGGUUCCGCUGAGAAGCACGGCGGCAGCAAGACGACUUCUCCGGAGCCGCCGAGCUGGAGUUGGAAGUGGAGCUCCGUGGGGCCGGGCCCCCGGCUGCGGGGCAGCGGCUCCUGCAGGGGGAGGCCCCGGCGGAGAAUGAGCCGGAGCCGGAGGUGGUGGUGGUCUCCCGGCAGAGCGGUGCCACCGGGAGCAUGCUGCGAUGGUUCACCACCUUGAUGCUGUUUGCUUCCUUCCUGGGGCUGGGAUUGAGUGUUGCUAUCGUGGGACCCACGUUUCAAGAUUUGGCAACAAACGUGAACCGAAAUAUCAGUAGCCUGUCUUUCAUUUUUGUGGGUCGUGCCUUUGGAUAUUUGAGUGGCUCUGUGAUUGGUGGAUUGCUUGUUGAUGUCAUGAAUUACUUUUUACUUUUGGGAAUCUCGAUGUUGGCUACCACAGUUGGUCUUUAUCUUGUUCCUUUUUGCAAGACAGCAGUGUUACUCACUGUCAUGAUGUGUGUCUUUGGUACUUCAAUUGGCAUUCUGGAUACAGGUGGUAACGUCCUUAUCUUGGCUCUUUGGGGGGACAAAGGAGCCCCACAUAUGCAGGCCUUACACUUCUCUUUUGCCUUGGGUGCCUUUUUGGCUCCACUGCUAGCGAAACUGGCAUUGGGUCCGACAGUGUCUGCUGAAAACUGCACAGAGUCUGACUUUCAUCAUCCUGCACUCAACCGAUCAUCUGAGGCUGACUCAGAAGCUCUGUUUGGAGUACCUAAUGAUACGAAUUUACUGUGGGCUUAUGCUGUUAUUGGUACUUACAUGUUCUUAGUUUCUGUCGUUUUGUUUGGUCUGUUUUUCAAGAAUAGCUCAAAGCAGGAAAAAACAAGAGCAUCUGCUCAGACAUCUCGAAGAGCAAAAUAUCACAACGCCCUUCUUUGUCUCCUUUUUCUGUUCUUCUUUUUUUAUGUUGGAGCCGAGGUAACAUAUGGCUCUUACGUUUUCUCAUUUGCAACCACCCAUGCUGGCAUGAAAGAAAGUGAAGCCGCUGGGUUGAACUCCAUCUUCUGGGGGACAUUUGCAGUCUGCAGGGGCCUGGCAAUCUUUUUUGCUACCUGUUUACAGCCUGGAACCAUGAUUGUGUUGAGCAACAUUGGCAGCCUGACUUCAUCUUUAUUUCUGGUGCUUUUUGACAAGAAGCCAAUUUGUCUCUGGAUAGCAACUGCAGUGUAUGGGGCUUCAAUGGCAACCACGUUUCCCAGUGGUAUUUCUUGGAUUGAGCAGUACACGACCAUCCAUGGGAAAUCUGCAGCGUUUUUUGUAGUUGGUGCUGCCCUGGGAGAAAUGGCUAUUCCUGCAGUCAUUGGAAUUCUUCAAGGAAAAUACCCUGAUUUGCCUGUAGUUCUGUAUACCUCUUUGGGAGCAUCAAUAGCCACUGGUGUUUUAUUUCCUGUGCUAUAUAAAUUAGCCACUUCACCUCUUGAUCACCAGCGAAAAGAAAACAGAAAGAGUGAGGACCAGAAAGCUUUGCUUUCUAGCUCUGGGCUAAAUGAAUAUGAGGAAGAGAAUGAAGAGGAGGAUGCAGAAAAAUGGAAUGAAAUGGAUUUUGAAAUGAUUGAAACGGAUGAUACAAUGAGGCAUUCUAUAAUAGAGACAUCUAGAAGUAGUUCGAUGGAGCCCACAGCUGAAAUCUAUAACCAAUAUCCAUCAAAUGCACUGGUGUUUGAGUCCUCUCCUGUUAAUACUGGCAGUUCCAUAUGAAGCACUUGCCAGAAACCAGGACAAAAGGGACUAACACUUAGAGAAGAUGGAUUACUCACUGACAUCUUUGAAUAAUUGCCACUUCUAAGGAGGUCAUUCAGAGCAGAGCAUUAGCAGAUUUUCACCAUGCUUUGGGGAUUAAAAUUUUUAGGUCCAAAUUGUAGCAAAUGCUAAAAAGUUUUGAAAUGUUCUGUAAUUCCCAGAGUCUUCCAUAAGUAACCGAAUGGUCUCAUACAC